GAAACUUACUCGGUCCCUGUUGCAACCUGUUUCCCUUCCCAUGCUCGAGUCACUGUGAUUUUCCCCUCCUUAACUUUCGUGAUAUUAUAUCUUAAUGACGCGUUUUACACCACUUCAUGCAACAUUUAUAAGCCAGCAACAUCUCAGGUGUUUUAGUUGACGCUGCUGAAAGGACAUCACUCGUACAAAGCGGAAGACCCUGCGCGUUUGAAACAUUUAACAACACGAACAACUGGAUAGUUUAACCAUCUUCUGCCGGUUACACGGUUACUGUCUUGUGUCUUGUAAAAAAUUAAGUUCUUCAAAUUUUCGGGAAUCUCAGUUUCAGUCAUCUGAUCAUUAGGAAGCUGCAGGAGCAGUAGUGUUUGCAGUCGAGUUCUUCUCACCACUGAAACUUUCAAUUCAGCAUAUAGGUGCUCUCAAUGUGCAGUAGUCCUGCCCUGACUCCCUGUCAGGGUCUGCAGUUCAUGCUCGAGGACUUCCACUCGCACUGAGCUGCACAGAAGGCUUCACGCUCAACCCCUGCGCUAUGAGCAGAGGUAGAGGAGGGCCUUCCAAAGACCACUACCACAGGCAUCCUCCACCGGACCUCCAAGCCAAGGACAGUUACCACAGACCUGGUACAGCACCAUUCUACCUCAGACCUGGCCCACAGCAUAGCCCAUAUCCAAGCUACUACCACAGCCCCGGCUCUCCUAUAGUGCCAAUACAGCCCCCAGUCCCAUCUCUUGUCCCUUCUGCACCACCCGUACCAAACACCAAUAAAGGGGCACCUAAACCAGUGCCUUUCCACAGCUCAUAUAAUCCCAAUUACAGCCCCAGUUCUGGCCCCAACUCAUUUAGGCAACAGCAGGUUGAUUUCUUGAGAGGACAGAGCUGUGAGGCGCCACAGUUCAGAGCCAGUCCACGUGGAGGUGGAGGUAGGGGUAUCCCAAGAUAUCCAAACCCCAGCAGCAGCCCUAGAGGUAGAGGAGGGUAUAGUCAGGACCAGAGUUUCUUUUAUCCAUCUAAUGUAAGAGUUCCCAGAGGCCCUCCAGGCCCUCCACACCUGAAUCGAAACCAAAACUAUUACUCCGACAGACAGUGGGGCAACCAAUUAGACUCUCUGUAUGAAGAUUUUCAGUGUUUGUCCCUUAAUCGAGACAGGCCCUCCAGAGGAGCAGAUAGGUUUGAUGGACAUUCAUCAUCCAGUAGCUCGGGGAGUUUGAGCUACUCUAAAGUUAGCAUCACUCCCACUCCUGAUAUCCAGGACCAGGUACACAGGGCUUUGGCUGCAUUGAAGCCAACUGAAACUAUCCCUGCAAAAUAUUUGGCCAAAAGGCUGCGUCUGCCCAAAAGUAUAGUCAACAAGGCUCUCUACUCUUUGGAGCGCUCGCAGAAGGCCUCAAAGCAAGGACUCCACCCUCCUGAGUGGAGUCUAUACAAGGAGCCUCUCAGAGGUGAGGAAGAUCAAAACUCUAAAGCACCAAGUCCACCUUCAGAUUCAUGUGUCAGCGCAGAACAACCUUUUAAACCUGACUCUAAGGUUGAGCCAAAACCAGAGCCAGCCGAAAACAGGGGACAAGCCAAAGAAGAGGACUCUGACACAGAAUCCAGUUCUUCUCGCUCUUCUAUUGAGACAUCUGACUCUGAAGAAUCAGCUGAAGCUCAGCUGCAGGAGAAACAACAUCCAAACACUACAAGCUCUGCUGAUCAGGACCUCCCCACAAUGACAGAACAGAAGGAGCGGGUCCUGCAGUAUCUCCUGCUUUCGAGGGAAGCAACUGCUCUUGUCAUAGCAAAGAAUGUGGGUCUUAGAAGUGCUAAGCAGGUCAAUCCCACUCUCUACGCCUUGGAGAAGCAAGGUGAAAUCAUUAAGAAUGGAGAGGUCAACCCUCCCACCUGGGAGCUCUCUGAUCACCGCAGAGAGAGGAUGGUAAGGAGCCUUAAAGUCGCACAGAGCACGCCAGCUGAGGAGGUUCGGAUGCAGUUGGAGGACGAGAAGGGAGGAGGAUCCAUGUUUCUGUCAUCAUCACCACUACCUUCAAUACCAGGCCUGGAACCAGUGCCUCUCUCGGAGAACUGGAUACCUGAGCAAAGUCAAAGAGAACUGUCACAAUCCUCCUGCCUGGCCCCCCCCUCCUCCUCCUCCCUAUGCCAAGAUGAAGAAACCACUGAAGGACAGUGGGCGACAGACGACAUACCAGAAUUCCUCAACACCAUAAGGAAAGAGACAGACGCAGGUAGAUUAGCAGCAGAACAGGCUAAUGCUGUAGGAACUGUAGCUGUGUCGCUGGCUGCUCCCCCUCCACAGAACCUGUGGGGCAAAUUACAGGAGUUGAGACUGAAGAAUCCCGUCAGCGGCCUCAUGGAGUACGCCCAGUAUCUGGGCCAGAACUGUGAGUUCCUGCUCCUCGACCAGUCAGGACCUUCUCACGACCCGAGAUUUCGUAUGCAGGUGAUGCUUAACGGGAAGCUGUUUCCUGUCGCUGAAGCUUCCAGUAAGAAGACUGCAAAAAAGGACGCUGCUGCGGCAACUCUGCGCGUUCUGAUCAGGGAGAUGCAAGGAGGGGCGAGCAUGGGGGAGGUGGGAAAUACUGCCAGUAUGGACCAAGUGAUGGAUUUACUCCCAGAUACCAGUGGGCCGGCUGAAGGCACAGGGGGAUUUUGUGGGAGUGGUAGUGAGGAAGGGAUGACGGAGGGACCUCGCCAGCCACUGUCACGCUCUCUCCCUGGUGGGAAGAAUCCGGUGUCUGUCCUGAUGGAGUACAGCCAGCGCAGCGGCAACCCCAUCGAAUUCAUCAUCACUAGGCAGGCCGGCCCACCACAUGACCCAAGGUUCAUGUACAGGGUGAAGGUAGGAGAGAAUUUGUUUCCAGAGGCCUCAGCUCCAAGCAAGAAGGCGGCCCGCCAGUUAGCUGCAGAAGAGGCUGUCAAAGAGUUAAUGUCUGACGGGAGGCUGCAGCUCAACAAGGUCCACUCCAUUUCUUCAGCAAGCUUCACUUCUGUUUUUCUCCUCUCCACCACUCUCUCUGCUCUCCAGCCUCAGUUACCCCUGGGCUCUUCCAGUGAUACUGAAGGAAUCAAUUCUGGGACUCCGUGUCUUUCUCUGCCUCCUCUAACCGCUGAUGAGUUGCGAGUAGCACAUGAAGCAGGAGUCGGGGACCUCAUCAACCACCUGAACAACAAUGCAGUGUCAGGUCUUCUGGAGUAUGCCAGAGCGCGGGGCUUUGCAGCCGAGAUCCGACUGGUGGGCCAGUCCGGGCCUGCACAUGAGCCUAAGUUCACCUACCAGGCUAAGCUGGGCGGACGCUGGUUUCCUCCAGUGUGCGCAUCCAACAAGAAGCAGGGAAAACAGGAAGCGGCAGACGCUGCUUUACGUGUUCUGAUUGGAGAGGCUGAGAGGGCAGCUCGUACCGGGGAGCUUAUUCCCGCUGAGCUUCCAGUGAGUGGAAGCACUUUGCACGACCAGAUAGCAAUGCUGAGCCACCAGCGUUUUAACUCCCUGACCACCCGUAUCCAGCACAGCCUUCUGGGACGUAAGAUUCUGGCCACCAUUGUCAUGAGGAGGGGAGAGGGCCUGGGGACGGUUGUCAGCCUGGGAACUGGAAACCGUUGUGUUAAAGGGGAGGAGCUGAGCCUUAAAGGGGAGACUGUUAAUGAUUGUCAUGCUGAAAUCAUCUCCAGACGAGGAUUCAUUCGGUUUCUGUACAGUGAGCUGGUCAAACACUAUGACGGUUCAGAAGAUAGCAUAUUUGAGCAAGCAGAGGAAAACAGACUGCAAAUCAAAUCUGACAUAACCUUUCACCUCUACAUCAGCACAGCACCUUGUGGGGACGGGGCUCUGUUUGACAAGUCUUGCAGUGAGACAGGGGAUGAUAUCGAGGGUCAUCAGCCUCUGUUUGAGAACAAUAAGCAGGGCAAACUUCGCACCAAAGUGGAGAAUGGCGAGGGUACUAUUCCAGUGGAAUCCAGUGACAUUGUGCCCACUUGGGACGGCAUCCAGCACGGAGAGAGGCUGCGAACCAUGAGCUGCAGUGACAAAAUCCUGCGCUGGAACGUGUUAGGCCUGCAGGGGGCGCUGCUCAGCCAUUUUAUGCAUCCCAUCUACCUGAAGUCCAUCACACUUGGCUACCUGUACAGCCACGGGCACCUGACACGUGCUGUUUGCUGUCGACUGGCCAGAGACGGUAAAGCGUUCACCCAAAGUCUCCCUCCUCCCUUCAUGCUGAACCACCCUGAGGUGGGCAGAGUGAGUGUGUACGACUCCACCCGUCACAUUGGCAAGACCAAGGAGUCCAGUGUGAACUGGAGCUUUCCUGACCAGCACAGUGUGGAGGUGCUGGACGGGACCAAAGGCAAACUGGAUGGGAGCAAAUUAAGCACCUCCAGAGUGUCCAAGGCCAACCUGUUCACUCUUUUCCGCUCUCUGUGCCAGCGAUGUGGCCGCACAGACCUCCUUGCCCUGCCCUCCUACACACAGGCCAAGAUGUCUGCCUUUUUCUUCCAGCAAGCUAAGCAGCAGUUCUUUCGAGCUCUCAGCGUCCACGGUUAUGGUGCCUGGAUCGGCAAACCGCUAGAGGAGAAGAGCUUUGAUGCAAAGGAGGGAAUCAGGAACAAUGGAGCAGCAGGGGUAUCUGUGGGAUUCGGCAGCAGUAGAAAUGGAGCAGCAAUGGAGUACAAGCAAGAGGAGGCAUAGAGCAAUGCAGGGUGCUUCAUUAGGGGGGUAAUAUAAAUAUGCAGGGGGGGGGGGGGGGGAAGCACAAGCAGGGACACAUUUAAAAUAUGACUAUAUAAGAGGACAAUCAAAGGGUUGUUGGUGGCCUAAACUGUAUCUUCUGAUGGAACGUGGUGGAAAGGUGCAGAGGAAGAAAAGGACUCAAUAGGUGAGAGGAAGAUGGCGAGGACAAAGCCUGAAGGAUGAGUGGUGACAGAGAUCUAAGGAGAAAUCCUCCUGAAGCACAGAAAAUAUCACUACAUGAAAAAUGGGAAGUAGUUUGAAGUCAGUAAAUCAGCACGCUAACUAUUGCUGCAAAUUGGAGUUGUAUUGCAAAACAGUUAUUGUAUGUCAACUUCCUUCAUACUGCUAAUAAGCCUUGGCUGGUUUCAAAAUGUAAUUUGUUGUAUUGUUUGGCAUAGGCUGCCAUGUUUUUCCACUUGAUGUGUGAACUCAUUUUUGGACCCAUUUGAUUUGGCCUCUUCAGACUACUGUUUGCCAUCUAAUUUAGCCAUGAGAGCUUGAGUAGCUGACAAGUGCUGCAAAUUGGCUUUCAACCUCAUAUGGCCCUCCCUCUGAGCAGUGUUUGUAUUUUGUAUUUAGGUUCAUAAAGAUUUUAAGUCCUCUGCCAUCAAGUGCUUUUUUUUUAUUUUUCUUGUCUAUGGUUUACUGUAAGCAGCUUCAGCAAGAAGGAUCAAUGCAUAUGUAAUGAAGUGAGUUCUUUUGCAGCACAGUCCCAGCCAACAUCGCACACGGGAGGCUUUCAGUGUACAUAAGAAGAUCGCAAAGCAAACUAUUGCUCUGAUCAGUGACCAACCAAACAUUCAUUCACAAAUAGAGACUUUAGCAUCAUUUACACACGUAAAUACUUUUAUUCAGACCCAUCUGUGUUCAUUUUCAACUUUCUGUACACCCUCAGCAGUUCCGCCCUCCACAUGUUGUUGCCAUGGUUACCGUACAUGGCGUAGAAUAGGUCAGCAGCCCCUUUGAGCGGUCCCUUAAACUCUGUGCUUUUUGCUUUUAUAUUCAAUUUCUGAUGUCAUGGCCUCAAAGAGUCACAACAGUUCUUUUUUAUGUUUUGUUCUUGUGUGUUUUUUGAAUAUCUCCUUUUUUCCCCAUGUCUAUAAAUGACUUCAUCAGCAGCUGGCCAUAAAAGAGAGACCUGGGAUGUCUUAACUCUCCUGCCUGCAGUCUCUCUGCAUCCUGUUUUAUACAUCUCGAUCAUACAAGGCUCUUUAGGCUCUUCUGUAUGGCCAGCUCCUGAGGAAUACAAAAUGAGGUUAGUUGUGUUGUUUAAGGGGAGUGUGUGAGCUGUUCUUUGAUUUCUUUGAUUACAUUAAGAUGGAUGGUGCAAUAUAUACAUCAGGUAUAUACAUAUACGUGGACACACAGGUGCAGGGUGGGGUCCAAAAGCCUAAGUCCAGUUCAAGAAAUUCACUUGAGAGUUAAAAGUAAACACGUUCUGAAAAAAACCUUUAAGUUAAAGUUUCCCACCCGUUUUAGUAUUUGUCUGUAUAACACUGGUUCUAUGUUGUGGAGAGAGAUGUGUGUUUUUUAGAAGAACUCGUAAAGAGCAUGUCAGAAAUGUGCUGUGAUGUGUUUUUAAGUUUGCUCUCACAGAUGUUUUUAUUUUAAGGUCCGGUACCUACAGUUGAAAGAAAACAAGUCAGCAUUUCAAACAGUUUGUUGGAGCUUUGGUGCAUGUACAGUACAGAGCCAUUGUUUUUCUGGGAAAUAAAAGGUUUUCUGAUAUGCCUCUGUAGAUAUCAAUAUAAAAAUGUGUUCUUUUACUACUGUCCUGAAGUUCAGGUUUUCAAAAGAGGGCUUUAUUGUUGCCUUCAGUGGUGAUACACUCCCCUGUUUGGAACAAUAAUGAAGCCUUUAAACUAAGCCGUGGAACUAGUGAUGUAGUACUCGAAAUCCAAGACUGGUCUCGAGACUUUUUGAAGGUCAUGUUCGGAGUCUAAACCAUUUUUACUUUGUCUUGACUGGGCGGACUCCUGAUUUUUAAAAUCAAGACCAUCACUAAAAGGCUAUUUUUCCACGUCAUAACUGUGAUUAGUAGGAAAUGUCUCUUUCUAAAACAAUGAAUGACCCCCCCCCCCCCGUUACUGUAGCAACCUUCCCAGUGUUGCUGCCUAAGUGAGUGACACGCCCGCUGCACACAAGACGAUGAUUUUACUGUGAUAUUUAUGGUCCUGGUCUUGUCUCUGUCUCGAUCCCUAAAUGUCUUGGUCUUGUGUCUGUCCCCAACCCCUAAUGUCUUGGUCUUGUCGGUCUUGAUCCCCUAAUGUCUUGGUCUUGUCUCGGUCUCUGAGCACUCUGGUCUCGGGUAUGUCUUGGUCUCAGUUGGUGUGGUCUUGACUACAAUGCUACGUUGAACUAAGAAGCUAAAAAAGUUUUUCAGAAGAAGUCCUUUAUCAGGUCACGUCACAGGCUUUAAAAGAAAUUACAUGUCAAGACUUGUAGAACAAUGUUUUUUUUUUUAGUGUUAGUCGCUCCCUUAAUGAUGAUAUUGGAUUUGAAAAUGGCAGAUCUAAAUGUUUUUGAGGGGAGCUUUAAAUGAAAGAAAUAUGCGUUUGUUUUUAUUUUUAAUCACUAAAACGCCUCAUUCUUGGUGUUGGACUUAGACUUUUGGACCCCACUAUGCAAAUAAAGGAUGUUGAAGUAGAAUUCUGUAAAUAUGUCUGUGUGUUUAUGUAUAUGUAUGGGUUUAAUGUAUAUAUUUUGUAGAUCAUCUAAAAUUGAUUUUCUAAGAUUGUUUUAAUUAAACUGCAAUGAAUAUGCUGUUUUUUACCAAUCGAGUUUGAAGCAAAAAAUAAAUGAAUAAAAAUAAGUAGCAAUGUU